CGGAAGAGGCACGUACACGGCGUUAUUCGGGUUUGCGAGAUCAGCUUCGGAUAUACCAUAAGUACCAGAGGAGGUUGCAUUCUACCUCAUACGUUGGUUCAUUCGGAUCUCGUUAACAACCUCACUCAUCGUCAAAUCGUCUUGCCCAGCAUCCUAGCAAUGGCUCCACCGCCCGCUGCUCUCCAGGCCGUCGAGGCCUCUCCGCGUGUUCACGACCUCCUUCAAAGGCUCCACGCUGAGUCAGAGGCUCAAGAGAAGUCACUAUCUCAGACUUGGUUCUACCUUAGCCGUCUCGCGAGCUACUUUAUCUGGGGAACAGGUUGGAGCUCCGCUUCAGAUGACCACAUGCGCGACAAGUUUGUCAGUCUUGAGGAGGAUAAGUGCCAGUUCAUGUAUCUCCUUGCCCGGAGCAUUGGCGCGCGAAAUGUCGUCGAGGCCGGCACCAGCUUCGGCGUGUCCACCAUCUACCUGGCGCUGGCAGUUGGACAGAACGUAGCGGAUGCCAAAGCGGUGACAGGGAAGCCGGUGACGGGCAAGGUCAUCGGCACGGAGAAGGAGCCGACCAAGGCCGCGAAGGCGAGGGAUCAUUGGAAGCAGGCGGGUGAUGAGGUUGAGCCGUGGAUUGAAGUGCGCGAGGGUGAUUUGCAGGAGACGUUGAAGGUGGAAGAAGGGAUGCCCGACGAGAUUGAUAUGCUACUGCUGGAUAUCUGGACACCGUUGGCAUUGCCAGCAUUGGAGAUCAUCAAGCCUCGACUAAGACGGGGAGCAAUCUUGCUGGCUGACAACACUGGACGAGCCAAGCCGCUGUACAAGGACCUACUCGAGUAUAUCCAUGACCCAAAGAAUGGGUUUAAGACGACUACGACGCCGUACUCGGGUGGAUUGGAGAUGGCCAUUUAUCUUCCCUCGGCAUAAGCACUGUGAUGAAGAGGCCAAGUUUGUUG